CCGUCUCCAUGGGAACCGCCGGCGGCGUCCCUCCCCCAUUCUCAAAGACGCCGUUGAGCCGAAGGAGCCGCCGCCGCCGCCCGCGGCCUCUUCUUUUCCAUCCUCCUCCAUGGCGCGGCGUCGUGUCACGGCUAGCGCGGCGCUGAGCCGGCGGCAGGAGCAAGCGCUGGGCUGCUCGCUGCGCCUGGUGCGGGAGCUGGGGCCCACCGCCUUCGUCCUGCGGGAGGAAGGGCCUCCUCCUGCUGCUCGGGCGGCGGAGCACCGGGUUUUCCUUGGGAAUCCUCACAAAUGCAGCUGUGCAGUAUUUGUGAACGAGAAAGACCUCUGUAAACAUAUCUGCUGGUUAUUGCUGAAAAAAUUCAAACUUCCAAGAGACCAUGAAUAUGCUUUGCAGUUGGGUCUUGUGGAAAGUGAAAUAAAUUACAUGCUUCAGGGCCUGCAAGUCACUUCCCAACCAAGAGAAACCAUUAAUUCUGCUAAGGAGUUGCAGAUAGCUGAUGAUGGGUACAUUGCACAAAAAGAAAUUGAUACCGAGGAUGUAUGCCCUAUUUGUCAGGACACACUUCUCAAGAAAAUGCUUCCUGUCACAUAUUGCAGGUUUGGUUGUGGAAACAACAUUCACAUAGUAUGUAUGAAAAUCUGGACUGAUCAUCAGAAAGAGUUAGAGAAAGACUCUUUGGUGAAGUGCCCUCUGUGCAGGGAAGACUUUGCGCCUCUGAAGCUCAUCUUGGAAGAAUUCAGAAACUGCAAAAGACUUGUGACUGUAGCUGAGAAGCAGCAUCUUGACAAACAUCUUGGAAUCCCUUGUAACAACUGCAGAGUGUGCCCCAUUGAGGGGAAUUGCUACAAGUGCACUGACUGUAGUGAAUACCACCUGUGCCAUGGAUGUUUUAGAAGCUUUUGUCAUCCUUCACAUAAUUUUGCUUUCAGAGAGAAACGGAAUCAGAAAUGGAGGUCAGUUGAACCAGCGGUAAAACCGUCAACUUCAGAACAGCUGCACAGGGUUGAUGCAGAGCAGAAUUCGAAUGAGAAAGAGAAGGUUAGUUGUGUACCAGUACAGAUAAUGAACUCAUUACCUACUAUGCUGGUUAGGAAAUGCAGCAGUUUACUUGAUCCAGGUUUGCAAUGCAGACUCUGCUUGAAGAGUUUCUGCAUUGGCCAGGUCACAAGAUUCUUGCCAUGUGAACACAAGUUCCACAGGAAUUGCAUUGACCACUGGUUGCACAAGGAAAAUGCAUGCCCUAUUGAUGGACAAAUGGUGUAUAAUCCAUUAACCUGGGAGAUGGUACCAAGAAAAGACAAAGCAAAUUUGUUAGCACCUAAAGCAAAGAACAGUCCUACAAAGCAGACUGAGCAGCAGCUUUUUAUACCGGGGACAGGAUUGCUUGCCAAGCAAAUGAAGCCUGGCCAUAUUGCUGAAAAGACACAAACUAGCCCUCAAGGAUACCAUAACAAGAACGUUCCCUCAGAGUGUGAGCAGAAUUUAACACUGAAUGGCAUCAGUUACACUUCUGCUGGAGACUCUGUCCCUAAUCUGUACAGCACUCAGAAGGCUAGAAGUUUGAAGUUUUCUAGGUAUGUUAAAGGUUUGGUCCUUAUUCCAAAACCAGAUGCUAAUGUGUUUAUGCAGAAAUCAGUUGGCACUGGCUUGAGAGGUUUAUCUGUAUAUGGAAAUACAGGCUAAAAUAUAUCAUACAUUUGCUUGGGGUCAGGAUGCAAGCUUUGGUUCAGCAGGUCCAGACAAAUGAUGGAUGCUUUUCAACAUUUAAAAGUCUCAACUAGCAGAACCUUUUAAUCUUAGUGUAUCAACUGUAAUUAUUUUGGUGACAUGAUGACAUUUAUUUCCAUUAAUAUAUAAAUUUGUAAGGGUAAAAAAACCUGAUUAUAAUUUAUGAUCAUUGAGACUGUUAAACUGUUGUCCUGGUUCUAAUUAUGCCGUUUAUAACUCCUAAACUAGGUACAGGAAUGAUUGCUGCUUACGUAUAUAGGUCUGCAGCCUGACUCAGCAACUAACAUAGUUUAUGUCUACUCCUUUUUUUUCUUUUCAAUUUUGAAAUUCCACACAGAAGCUGUUCAGAAAUGAAUAACAGAGCUGGCUGAAUCCUCCUCUCCAAAAGCAGUAUUUGUAAAAAUAAAAAAAAAA